GGGCAUUUGUCUUGUGCCUUGCUUUUCUCUCUUUUUCUCUCUGAUUAUCAUUUUUUCUUCUUCUUUCUUCCUCAGUUGAUUCUGGGGUAUUAAAGAUUUGUUGAUAUGUUCCCCUAGCAGAGAUUUUCUCUGGGUCUGGGGAUUUUUUUUGGAGCUCGAUCCGAUACUUUUUUAUGGGUUUUUUUGGUUGAAUUUCUUCAACCCAUCAUCUGGGAAUUUUUCAAACAAUCAAGAUUUUGGAGAUGGAGGAAGAGAAGGAUUCUGAGAAUCGUUUGACAUCAGCUGCUGCUUUUGUGGAAGGCGGGAUUCAAGAAGCUUGUGAUGAUGCUUGCAGUAUAUGCCUUGAGGAUUUUUGUGAAAGUGAUCCUUCUACGGUUACUGCUUGCAAGCAUGAGUAUCACCUCCAAUGCAUCCUUGAGUGGUGCCAGAGAAGCUCUCAAUGCCCUAUGUGCUGGCAAUCUAUCAGCCUGAAGGACCCCACCAGUCAAGAGCUGUUGGAGGCGGUUGAACGAGAGAGGAAUAUAAGGACUACUCCAGUGAGAAAUACCGCUGUGUUUCAUCAUCCAGCUCUUGGCAAUUUCGAGUUGCAACAUCUACCUCUGGGCGUUAAUAAUGCUGAGCUUGAAGAGCGAAUAAUUCAGCACCUGGCUGCAGCUGCUGCCAUGGGAAGGACACAUCAUAUUGGUAGAAGAGAUGGGAGGAGUAGGUCAUCAUCUCAUGGACGUCCUCACUUCUUGGUUUUCUCCACUCAUCCUGGUGGGCCACCGGAGCAUGUCUCGGCCUCUGGAAUAGACACUGAGCCAGCUGGUAUUACCGUUGCUAGCCCCUCUAGCCCACUAACACCUCGGGGGGAUGAACCAUCACAGCAUAUUGCACAGUUUCCGACCAUUCAAACUGAUCACAUUUCUCGCUCAGCAUCUGGAUCUAACUUUUCAGCCAGUCGACGAGGAGCUUCAUCUGGCAUUCGAAUCUCCACUAGUGAUUCUCCAUCUCCAAAUCUGGAUAGAGCUGGUCCAUCUGAAUUUCAGUCAUUCUCGGAAUCUCUAAAAUCAAGACUUAAUGCAGUUUCCACAAGGUACAAAGAAUCAAUUUCAAAGAGUACAAGAGGGUGGAAGGAGCGGCUAUUCUCACGCAACACUUCCAUGUCAGAACUUGGUUCUGAAGUUCGAAGAGAAGUAAAUGCAGGAAUUGCCAGUGUAUCACGUAUGAUGCAACGUCUUGACACCAGAGAGGAUGGUGCUACAAAUCAAGGUUCUAAUGAGCAGGGUGGCCACAAUAGAAGAGAGAGCAACCCAGAGAACUCUUUAAACGAAAGCAGUGCUCCAACUUCUUGUGCUGCAACAUCUGCUGAGCGUUAAAUCAUUACAUAUUAAUUUUGGCAAAUGCAUCUGACAUCAGCAUCUUAUUUCUGAAGGCUGUACUUCCAAAUCCUUGAGUUCUAAAAAUAUUGGUCAGAUGAGCUUCUCCAUGUUCUGGUCUGAUGUGAAUAUGAAUUGUCUAUCAGGUGAAGUAAACAUAUAUUCUCCAGACCUGAUAUGCUGAGGAACAGAUGCCUUUCAGCCUUUGCUGACAAAAAGGGUUGAAGAAUUUCAUGUGUAGAGAGUAAUGUUGUUGAUUGUUGUCUGAACUGAACCAAAAAAGAAAACAAAAAAAAGAAAAAAAGAAAAAAAGAAAAAACCCAAUAAGGAAGAAAGAAGAAAAGGGGGAGUUUGGGAGAAAAAGUUUCCAUCUGAACAAGUUGUAUGUAACUUUUUUCUAUACAUAAAAUACAGUAUUUGAUGCAAAAACACAUAUUAGAAUCUUGUAUGUCUUGGAUGGAUGGGUUAGUCUUUUGGAAUUGAAGUUUCUUUGAAUGUUGAUAUAAAAAAAAA